AUGACUUUUCCUGCGACCAAAAUCACUCCGAAUUUAUGGACAAAGCUUCCUCUUUCGAUGGCCAGAGGCAUCGCAACUCAAGUUGAGUUGCCAUCAACUUCGUUGAACUUGCAGCGUCGUGCUCAGGCCAGAAUCCGCGAGAUCGACUUUGCUUCACCUGUAAACAAGCACUUGAUAGACACAUUCAAUCGCCAGCAUAACUAUCUGAGAAUAUCUCUGACAGAGAGGUGCAACCUACGAUGCUUUUAUUGCAUGCCAAGCGAAGGCAUAGAACUCUCUCCUGAUGGCAAACUGUUGACCAACGCAGAAAUCAUACGUCUGGCUACACUUUUUGUCAAAAGUGGUGUUACUAAGAUCAGGCUUACCGGCGGAGAGCCAACCAUUCGUAAAGGGAUAGCAGAGAUUAUCGGUGACUUGAAUUCAUUGCGAAAAUAUGGCUUGAAAUCCAUUGGAAUGACUUCAAAUGGCCUUGCUCUCCAUCGUCACCUGCCCCAGUUAGUUGAAAAUGGCCUGAGUCAUCUUAACCUGAGUCUCGAUACUUUAGAUCCAUUCAAAUUUGAGCUCAUCACUCGGCGAAGAGGUCAUGAUGCGGUUCUAAAAGCUCUCAAAGUAGCUCUUGAAUCCCCUCUCGCAUCUGUGAAGAUUAAUGUCGUGGUCAUCAAAGAUUUGAACGACUCAGAGGUCCUUGACUUCGUAGAAAUGACAAAAACUGAGAAUAUCUCAGUGCGGUUCAUCGAAUUUAUGCCGUUUACAGGCAAUAAAUGGGACAAAAAGAAGAUGGUCCCUUCGUCUGAAUUGUUGGAACGUAUACGGGCUAAGCACCCGAAUGUGGAACGCGCACCAGACGAACUCAACGACACGGCAAGGUCAUGGUCGAUACCAGGCCACAAAGGGCAUUUUGGGUUUAUUUCAAGCAUGUCAGAUCAUUUUUGCAGUUCCUGCAAUCGUCUGCGUCUAACUGCGGAUGGCCAAAUAAAAGUUUGCCUAUUCGACGCGACAGAAGUCUCCCUCCGCGAUAAACUUCGCACGGGAGCGUCCGAUCAAGAGCUUCUGGAAACUAUCGGACGCUCAGUGUCUGGGAAGAAAGAAAAACACGCAGGCAUGGAAGACAUUGAUGUCAUCACAAAUCGUCCGAUGAUACUUAUUGGUGGCCGCCUCAAGAAAUCAAUGUACCCAACAUUACAUUUAGUUCAUUCACCUUCAGGUUCAGUGCACAGACACCAGAAGUCAGGUUUACGUGUUUAUAGCACCUCAUCAUCACCAUCGCCAUCACUAACCCACAUCGACGAACGUGGUCGUGCAUCUAUGGUUGAUGUUGGCGAGAAACAGCCCACGAAGCGCACUGCGACAGCUUCUGGUCGAAUAUACAUAACGAAACUGGCAUAUGAAUUAGUCACAGCCUCCUACCCAACGGAAGAUUCUUCGUCCUCAUCCGCAGAAUCUAGAGCCGUCGCCAAAGCGAGGCACAAGGGUGACGUGCUAACGGUUGCCCAGCUGGCUGCGAUUAUGGGGGCAAAACAAACUUCAUCUUUGAUACCGCUUUGCCAUCCUCUCGCACUUUCAAAAAUUGGCGUUGUUCUACAGCCAGAGACUACAACAAGAAAAUCAGGAAGUGGCGAAGAUGUAACGUAUAGCAUUCUAUGUACUGCGACCGUUGCAUGCGAGGGCAAGACUGGAGUCGAAAUGGAGGCAUUGACAUCUGUGUCUGUAGGCCUGUUGACAGUCUGGGACAUGCUGAAAGCUGUGGCUGGGCAGGAAAUGAUUAUCGGUGAAAUUAUGGUCACUCACAAAGCUGGCGGACGAAGUGGUGAUUUCAGCAGGCCAGAGAUUGAUACAAUGCUAUGCGAUACUUGA